UACAUCACCACCAUUCUCUGCCAAACCCAUAUAUAAUACCAACAAAAUAUAUACACAAAAAUCCAUAUCUUUUUCUUUUCCAUAUUCAAUCUCUUUCUCUCUCUACCCGUUAGCUGGCCUGUUCAAUCCCAGUUCGUGAUGCUCUCUCUCCAACGUUUCCUUCCCUUUCACUUCAAAACCAGCAAAUCCUACAACCACAUAUAAUCAUAACACAGACCCCAUAAAUCUCUUUCUCUCCCUAUAUAUUAGAUACAUUUAUCUAACUUCCCAUAAUCUCGUUGAAGCUCUUAGCUUUGUUCUUGGUAAUGGAUUGCUUGGUGUUGCCGGUUUCUGUAUUGAGAAAGAGGUACAUGGGUUCGAGGCUAGGCUACAGGGCUCUAAGAGAAGAUGGGUUUGGUGGUGGGGUGGAAAAUCCGGUGACUGUUGUGGUUGGGAAAGAGAAAAGGGAGUUCUUGGUUGACCCUUUUGUGUUGGAAGAGAACCCAUUUAGGAUUUUGAUCCAGGCAAUGGAUAAUAAGAAGAAGAAGAAGAAGAAGAAGAAGAAGGAGAUGAUCAAAUGCGUUGGCAAUGGUGGUGGGAAGAAAAAAGUGGUUUUUGUGGAUGUGGAUGCGAUUCUGUUCGAGCACAUGUUGUGGUUGAUGUAUAAUGAUUGUUCUUCUUUGUUUCAGCUAAAUCUUAUGGAGAUCAUUGAUUUCUAUGCUCAAGAUAAUUAGAGAUCAGAAAAGAGGUAAAAUAUAAUCAGAGGAAAAUACAGAGGUACUCUGUUUUACUGAUUUGAUGGUUUUUUUUUUUUUUUUUUUUUUUUUGUUUUUUCCUUGUUACUGUAAAGGAACAGAUUAUGUUUCUGUUCAAUAACUCACUAAAUUAUACAAAUAUAUUUAUUAAUAAAUACAUAAAUUAACUCCUUUUACUA